AUGAAAUCGACCCCCGUCAACCAAAAUACCCCCCAAAAGAAAAGGGUUGGUAUGCAACAUGUAUUCCGAUUCAUUAUGUCUUACAUUGUUUCUCUUCAUCUUCGACAGUUAUUAAAUGCCGACAAGAUUUGUUUUUUUUGGGGGGCGGUAAUUAUUUUUUAUCUAUCUAUCUAUCUAUCUAUCUAUCUAUCUAUCUAUCUAUCUCAUUUUAUUGCUGGUAAAAUUUCUAUCUAUCUAUCUAUCUAUCUAUCUAUCUAUCUAUCUAUCUAUCUAUCUAUCUAUCGCAUCGGAAGAGGACGCUGCCGGGCUUCGCUCCAUUGUCUACUUUUACAAAGAGCUACCCUUGCAGAUUUAGAGAUGCUUUACUUUCUAUCUGUCUCUCGGCCGCUGUCGACAGUAUCGUUUCUAUUCAAUACUUUUCCCGAAUCCAUUUCUUUUCCUUUCCCUUAUUUCGUGUAUAAUGCCUCGAGAUUUGCCCUGAAGAAGUCUCAGCCCGCUUAG